AUGCCUGCUCUCUACACGGCCAUCGAGGGCCAGUCGGCCGAUAUGCGCUCACACCUCAUGAAGCGCAACUUGACUGUCAACCACACUCAGGCCGUCACGCUUGGGGUGAUCGGUGUCUACGUGGUGGUGAUUGCGCUGCUUUGGAACAUCCCAUAUGUGAGAUGGUCCCUUUGGCCCUUUAAGAUGCUUGUCAUCGCUUUUCACGAGUUUGGUCACGCGAUCACUGCGUGUUGUACCGGCGGCAAAGUCAAGUCCAUCUCCCUUGAUCCGCACGAAGGUGGUGUCACGCACAUGCAAGGUGGCAUCAGCGCUAUCACUCUACCCGCCGGAUAUUUGGGCUCGUCCAUCAUUGGAGCCCUGCUCAUCUUUGCGGGAUUUGACAUUGUGGCCAGCAAAGUGGCGAGCAUCAUCCUCGGAGUGUGCUUCUUGUUGACUCUUUGGUGGGCGCGCCGGGAUUGGUUGACGAUCGUGACGGUGCUGUUGGCAGUGGGACUCUUGGUGGCAUGCUGGUUCAUUGCGCAUGGUGAAGCUUUGAGAUGGGUGGUGCUUUUUAUCGGAGUGAUGUCUGCACUCUAUAGUGUUUGGGAUAUUUGUGACGAUCUCAUUCUUCGAAAAGUCAACUCAUCAGACGCAAGUGUGUUCGCCCGCAAAUACGGUGGCUCGUCGCAAUGCUGGGGUGUGAUCUGGUCCAUCAUCUCCCUGCUUUUCAUGAUCGUGGGCAUCGUCGGUGGAAUUGCGGCUUUCCAACAAUCCUUCAGCCAACAACAGGAAGAUUCAAAACACUUCAUUCCCACCUGA